UCUGUCAGUCAUAACGCGAACGCUACGCAAACCCCGCCCGGCGUUUUGUUCCGCGAAGGGAAACUGUCAAGUAGCUCCUUCCCUCCUUCCAAUUCCUCCCUUUGUCUAUUUCGGCUCCCCUCGCCACCUUGGUCCACUUUUUCCUUUCCUAUCCAUCACAACCACAACUGUGAACAAAGCUUUUCCCGCCACCUCACAUAUCCCCACCAAUCCUCGCUCGCCUCGACUCGCCACAUCGGCGAGCCGCACGGGCGCUUGGACAUAUCUUACCCAGCUGGAGAGAGCCGAGGAUAGCACAGAGGACCUCAACCCAAUGAGGCAGCCAAACACUGACGUUUUGUCUCUAUGAUUCCUCGCUCGUUCUCGCUACAGCAUCCUCACACAUCGUUUCUUCGCGGUAGUCAGCACCUCUUGGAUUCUGCCGCUGAGCCACCGUUCUUUGCACAAUCGGCUUUUGUCGCCAAGCCGAGAAGCAUGACCACUGCCACGGUCCAGGGAGCCGCUGCUGGUGCUGGUGGAGUUCGUCAGGGCUGGCCAGAAAAAGAAGUGUCUUCCUCGUCCUCUGGACCAACUUCGAUCGGCUGCGGUCAGCAAUCAACAACUGCCGUGUCUGCAAGAGCCGUCGCCGCUGCCGCCACCGCCGCUGCCACUUCGCCUUCGUCUUCCUCGUCGUCGGCACCCUACCCGCGUUUUCCAGCGUCCCCUCUUUCUUCGUCGUCAAAAAUGUAUAAAAGAGCAGAAGAGGAGGAGCGGGUGCAACAGCAGCAGGCACAGCAGCGGCAACAUUGGUCUCCAAAGCCGGGUCCCGUAGACAAGGAGGAAGAAGACGAGCUCGAGUCUCCUCGUCGCACCUCUGACUCACCGAAGAACAUUCACGCCAAUUCGGCCAUUGCCAGCGGCGGCGUUGGCGGCCUUGGUGGCGGCGACAGUCGAAGCACCGAACGCCUACCCAGCAUCGCCCACUUGGACGAGCAGAUCAACACGCCCUGGUGGCCCCCAAAAAGGGCUGGCUUCGAGGAGGGCGUUACCAGGCGCUAUUCGGCCCAUCCUCUCCUCGAUGUGCCCCAUUCGCGCCAGCCGGGCUCCUCGUCGCCUCGAACAUCAACAUUUGGCCGUUCGCUUGCUGGCAGUACCAGCAGCAACAUGCACAGAUCUCCUAGGUCGGCCGCCGACGAUGGCGUGCCCACACCGACGCUUCCGUCGCCCAGAUCGCUCGUUGACGACGAUGACUUCUAUCACCAGCGUCCUCACCACCACCUCCAACAUCAUCACCAUCUCCAACAGCACCCUCCCAGCCUCCUCGGCCGACGGUCACGAUUCGAAUUCGAAGAAGUGCCCUCGUUUCGUCCAGGUCCCUUUCAUCUCUCUUCCUCCUCGUCCUCUUCGUCCUCUUCGCCCUCGUCCUUUUUCUUCGACUCUUCUGCUCGUAAGAGAUCAUCGCCGCAACCGCCAUCGUUGCCGGCCGUCUCUGGCCUGGUCCGUCCAUCGUCUUCCAUGCACUUCCACCCCACUCUCCACCGCGACGAGGAGGAGGAGCGUAGACACUCGAGUCGCCAGUUGAGCCCAGCUCCACCGCAGCGGCGGCGCAAGGUGUCUGACUCGGAGAUGUACCCGCCCUCACGUACCUCGGACUCGUCCCUCUACUCCCAUGACGGCCAUCAGGGUCGCAGCUCCAAUUCGUCGUCGUUCUCCAACGCUUCGACGGCGACGCCGGCUUCGCGCUUUGAGCCUCGCGACGAGUCGAGCUUCUAUCCGAGGCCAGCGCCAUCGUACAGCUCCGAUCCACGCUCUUACGCUACCAUGGCCACCGGUGAGGGCUACCGAGAUCGAGCCUCGUUGCCCUUCACCUCUCGCUCCUAUUCCGCAGCGUUCUAUCCUUCUGCGCCUGCAGGCACGGCUGCAGCGGCUGCUGCAGCCGCCGCUGCUACCGGCGCGCCGAACGAAGGAACGACUGGCGACGCGGACAUGGGACAUGCACCCGUCCGUUCGGCCUCGUACGGUGGAGGGGGACAUGGUCUUCGCGGAGACGAAGUUUACGACUACGACUCACGGCGCAGCAGCCUCGUUGGCGAAGCGCCGACCUCGUCGCGCCACCACCCCUACCAUAGUUCUGGUCCUCGCUCGAGCGCAGCACCUCCGCCGUCGGCCUCGACUGCCUCUCGGGACGAGGCAGCGACGACACCGGUAGCUGCCAAUACUCCCUCCGGUGCCGCACCUGGCUCUCCCGUCGCCAUCCCUCGAAGGCGAGGCAAGCUUCCCAAGCCGGUGACGGAUCUGCUCAAGAGCUGGCUGCUGGAGCACGCGAGCCACCCUUACCCGACGGAAGACGAAAAACGGCGGCUUUGCUCCAUGACGGGCCUGAGCAUCAGUCAGGUCUCCAAUUGGUUCAUCAACGCCCGGAGGAGGAUUCUCGUGCCCCAGGGCUCGGGCACCUUUGCCAUGGGCGCCGCGGCGGGCACCUCGGGCAGUAACGCGUCGGGCGACCAAGAGAGGAUGAUGUUGAGACCAUCUGUCAGCCCGCCUCCCCAUCAUCACCACAACCACCACCACCACCAUCUGCACCACCGGCAGCAGCACCAUGACGACGAGUCGCCGUGAUUAAUCAUGUCUCUUUCCUCCAUCUAAUUCACGUUCUGGAUCCCUUUCUUCUCUCGAUCUUCUCAGUUCCUUCUCUCGAUCUCUCCUGUAGCAUCUUUCACCGACAAUGCGCCGAGACCUACUCACAACACACGCACACAUGCAUACACGCACACUCUCACACUCACACACUCACAUACACAAACAACACUUGCGCGCUCGUUCAAGCCUUUUGCCACUUUUCUCCUCUCACCCAUCAUCUCAAGGCUUCUGUUAUUUGUUACCACCACCACCGGGCACACAUGUGAUCUCUCUUCUCUCUC